AUGUCGCAUCCCGAGGGCGAUGGGCCAGCCUCCCCUGCACCGUGGGAGGGCGAGGUGUCUAUCGACGCCAUUCCCGAAGACAGUGAUGCCGAACAGCAACAGCAGCAGCAGCAGAUCUAUGCACCGCCUGCCCAUAUCGCCGCUCGCUUCUACCGCAACCAGCUCACCCGGCGCAAGUCGUCCGCUGCCUCCUCCCGGAGGAAUUCGCUAUCCUCCGCCCAGUCGCAUAACUCCAGUCGUUCUCGCCGGGGGAGCACAGGAUGCCAGAGCACCUACAUCGCACAGCAUCUCCGCCGCGCAUCCAUCCUGGAAUCUCGCAAAGCCCGUUUGGCAGAUCGUGCUGCCCAUGCCGAACAGGUCAGGUUGCGUGCUGCGCUGGCGAAGGCCGCGCCCAGAGGCAGCAACACACAUGAGGAGCGCGCGCUUGCUGCCCAGCUGGCAAAGGAGAAAUACCUUGCAAAGGUCGCCGCAGCAUGCGCCGAAGAAGUCGCCCGCGCGAAGAGGAUCGCAGAGGAAGUGAAAGAGAGGAAGCUGGCAGAGGAAGCACGUGUUCGUCUAGAGAUGGAGGAGCGUCACGCCGAAGCAGAGAGGAGAAGAGCAGAAUAUCAACGCAAUCUUCAGGCCAGAAGAGCGCGUAGGGCAGACAGCGCAGACAAGAAGCUGGAAGUACUGGAAGAAGUUGCGGAUAUCGACGAGGACAUUGCAGCACAGAUCACCCAGCUGCAAGCUUUGGACGAAAAAGUCGCAGCAGGAAAGGUGCAGAAAGCGUGGCGUCUAUAUCAGCGACGUAAGCCUGUGCUGGCAUUCACGAGGCUUGGUCUCACUGCUCAGCGCGCUCAAGCGAGCAGCUUUGAGGACAUGACCGCCCUUGUCGCGGAUAACGAUGUCAUUUCCACCACUACCGGAAUGCUUAUGUAUCUGGGCCUGCAAGACGCCAACGAUGCGAACGCCGCUCUCAACACCAGAACAUUCCUCAGCUCCUACAUGAUUCUCGGCCAUCCAACCUCAGUCUUGGUCAACAAAGAUGGUGCCCAGGAGCAGGACUUGAUCGCAAAGGCGGCCGAUCUGACUAGUCAAUUCGAAGCUUCAGUCUCGCGGCUCGACGACUGGAAUGGCUUCAAGCCGAAUCCGAUGCAGCUCGAGACUCUGUCUCAAUCUUACACUGCUUUCACCUCCGCUUUCGCGGCCUGGCGACUCCAGGAUUCCAGUGUCCUCAUCGAAGGCAUGGUGGCUUCCUUUGUCGAGCUUGAUGCCAUCUGGCAGACCGUGAAAGACGACAGCCGCGGAGAGGUGUCCCGCGACUACCGUGAAGGCAUCCGCGACAACCAAGUCAUGCUGCUGAGUAGGAUUCGAAAACUCGCCGGACCAGACCGCGCGGAUAUGCUCAUCAAGAAGGCCAUCAAGGAGAGCCGUCGUCGGCGCCCUAAGAAGCGACCAGCCGCGGAGGUCAGGCCGCGAGGUGUCGAGCAUGUCUCGGAUAGUGCCUCUUCUGAGCAGGUGGUUGAGGAAGCGGCUAUUGCUACCUCGCCUGUAGGCUCAGGCGAGAUCAACAAGCUCUUUACCGCCAUGCCCAGCAAUCGUGUCUUGACCCACGAGCUCGCAAUCGACAAGGACUACAAGCUCGAGGAUAGGAACAGCGAGCUUCGCGAUCAACUCUACCGGACGAUCUGUGACAGUAUGAAGGCCGGAUUUAAAUCUGGUGAUGGCGCUCUGUGGACCGUGUCUGCAGCUGAAAACAUUCGGGAGAAGCUACUGCGGAUGCUAAAGCCUGGUAAUAACAUGCAUACGAUGAUCGCUGAAGCUUUGGAUCUCGAGAGCAUCAAUCGACAGUGCCAGCAGGGCGUAUUCUCCUACUCUGGCUUCUUUGAAUUCAUGGCCAGUGUGUUGCCGAAGCUUUGUGCUCCUUUCCGCGACCAGGAGGUGAAGAACCUGGCAGAAGUUCUGCGAUCGAAUGAGAAUGGUGACGAGCUAUCGGAGAUGACUGAGAAGCUUUUCAAGUUGCUGCGAACGGUGGAUCUCCUUAGCUUGGAUUACACCAACUUCAUGAUCAUGAACGCCUCGCCGACCCUAAUCAAAGAGGCUGCAGGAUACGAAUAUCGACUGUUCUCGAAGGAGCUGGAUGCUGGCAUGACAAGCCUGGUUCACACGAAGCGAUGGUGGUCAGAUUCACAAACCACUUUAAAUGCCGAAGCAGAUCGACGUGAUCCCGAAGGCAGCCGUAAUCCAAGCGAUCGGCCCACACCUCACAAGAUUUACACUAAUGCGUUAGUAGACUUGGCCAUCAGCCAGAAUGAUAUUAACUCGGAGCAAAUCCCUGAGACCCUGCUAUUGGAUUUCAGGAGGCUACAGGACAUUCGUGCCAAAGCGAUCCGAGUUGCCGUCAUCGGUGCCAUUUUCCUGAACACCAAGAACCUCUUGAAGAGGGAUACGCGCAGCCAGUGGAAGAACCAGGCCGGUCGGAUGUGGCAGCUACUCAGUACAGAAAGCUAUGAUAACGCACAAGGCGAUGUCACCACGGCGCAGAAAGCUUUCUCAAUCUUGGAGACGGCUCAUAACAUGCCACCUUCCACGAAGCAGUCAGUGUCCUCGACCAUCGAACGAUACUUCUCGCAGGCAGCGGAAGCCAUGGCACCUCAUGCUGGCCCUGGGGUCAAGUUUACCGAUCCUGUCCUGAAGGUCCUCUUCCAGCGACUCAGGGGCCAUAUAAUGUCCAGACUGCUUGCAGAAAGCUCUGCAGACCGUGUCCGGGCUGCUUCUUCAGCUUCCGAAAAGCUGGCCGCCAGUGGAAUGGCCGAAUUCACGGCGCAUGUUGCUGGUAUCGUGGACCUACUGGACAGGAUCCGAGUGGUUGAUUGGGAGAGUCAUGGAGUUUGGUACCAACAGAUCGUUCGGGAGUUGGGCUCGGAUUAG